UAACAUGACACGACACACUGAAAACCUGAUGGAAAAUUGAUGAUUAAGUAUAGCACAUUUGUUUACGCUUCGGCACGUCACGGAUAUCUUUCUGGGAGAAAUGGGAGAUAUUGUGAAAUGUGAGGAAGAGCCACAAAGCCGACCGUUUUUCAAAAGUGUUCGAAAUUACUUCAGAGAAUAUUGCAAUUGUACGAGCAUCCAUGGAUUCAGAUAUUUUGGAGAGAAGAGGACGAUUUUUGAAAGGGUAUGGUGGUUCCUGAUAUUCAGCAUAACUCUGGCAACCUGCAUAUUUUGUAUACGAGAAGUGUAUCAAAAAUGGUUGCGAAGCCCAGUCAUCGUGAGUUUCGCUACCAAAGAGACUCCUACUUACUCCAUACCAUUUCCGGCUGUGACCAUCUGUCCAGAAUCGAAAAGUGUUCAGGCACUUUAUAGUCAUACUGGCAUGCUGAGAAAAGUUAUAGAUGGUGUAAAUAUUACAGAUGAUGAGAGGAAUGUAUUAGAUUAUAUGGGAUUGAUAUGUGACAAGAAUCGUAAUAUGGAAUAUUCGAAUAAAUAUACUUUCACAGAAGAAGUUUAUGAACAUUUUCAGAAGGUCAACUUUGGUAACGAUCCUUUUCAAUCUUGUGAAUAUAUGGGUGAUAUAUUCGAUUGUUCCAGGCUUUUCAAACCUAUUAUCACUGAUGAAGGUAUUUGUUAUACCUUCAAUAUGCUGGAUAGAUCGGAAAUAUUCAGGAAUGACAUGUGA